ACGCAGUGCCCUGCCUCUAAGAUAUAAGGGGUUUGAAAAUCGGGUUUGCAGCCCGGUCGGGUGCACGGUGGCGGGUCUGGGAAGUGGCUGAGGCUGUGUCAGCUCCAAAGCUCUUCCCAAAGCUUCCAAAGCUCUUCUUGCGAAGCUAAACUGCAUUUGUUGGAUCCAGCAAGGUGACGGCAGUAACAGCAGCUAAAUUUGGGGGUGGCUUGGCUGACGUGGAGGGACCCGUCCCUGGCCAGGACACCAUGCCGACCGACACAGAGCCCUCUAACACCAUCAAACUGCUGCACCUGGUUUUCCUCUCCACCUCCUGGGGAAUGCAGAUCUGGGUAACCUUCGUGUCUGGGUUCGUGAUGGGCAGCUGCCUCCCUCGCCACACCUACGGCUUCAUCCGGCGCGAGCUCUUCCCCUACUACUGCCACAUCAGCUCCGCUUGCGCCUUCCUCAACCUGACUCUAUUUGCCAUGUACCACCCCAGCGAGCUGCUCAGCGACGAGCAAACGACCCAGAUCAUCGCCUUCUUCGUUUGCGUCGCUGCCUCCGUGCUGAACACGCAGUGGUUCGGGCAGGUCACCUCCGACAUCGCGGCAGACAUGCACCUCGUCGAGCGCAGCCACGGCCUCGGCCAGGAGGUCGGACUGUUUACCAGCAAGUCCUGCAGGCGGCUGCGCGCCUCCAACCCCAGCUACAGGCAGCUCUCCCGGCAGCUCACCCUCUACCGCGCUCUGUCCUCCCUCUGCAACCUCUGCUGCAUCGCGUGUAACGGCUUGAGCUUGUACUACCUGGCUGCCCACCUCUCUGCCCUGUGAGAGCAGGACACCGCGAGGCGAAGGCUGGCUGGCCAGAACCAACGCUCUGGGAAAAGGGAGCCAUCCCGCUGCCUCGUUGUAAAGUAAACCUAAGCUUUGGAGAUUAAAUUUCAGCAUCCUCAGAUGGAGAUACUUUUAACUGUGUUUGUGCGUGGUGCAGAAAUUUAGGAAUAGCAAAACAGAAAUGCUUUCUUUGGAGCUGUCUGAAUCCAGCCCUGGAGUGAGAAAAAUCCUCCAUGUUCUAAGCAGGAACGUUUAUGGCUGAACAGCUUUUUAAUGCCCCGUGCACUAGAUGUGUCUAAAAGCGCAGUGUGUUUCUGCGAUCACAGACAGACUGCAGAAGAGAGAGAAAUGAGAGAUUUAGAAUUACUUUUAAUUAAAUGCUGAAAGCUAA